AUGUUUCUUGACGUCAAUGAUGUAAUCGUUCAUUAUUUGGGCGAUACACGCCUUAUUCUUAUUCCUUCUUUCAUAUCGUACUGGCGACGUGAAUCACCUCAAGACAGCGGAUUUUUUAAACGAUGUGUGGCGGUGUAUGUAGAUCUGACUAGGGACCGAGCAACACGGCAUAACAAUGCCGCCGAAGAAAAACCUCAACGUCGGUCUUUCUUUGGAUUUGGUGCCACAAAUAAAGACGAAAAGCCGAAAAUGGAAGACGAUGAUCAUCCAUCAACAGAAAAAGUCGUGGAGAAACCUGCAUUAACUUUAUCGACUCAUACUUCAGAGAAACAAGAAUCAUCCACAGCAGAGGAUGAAGUAAAAGACAUGCAAGCGGAAGGAGAAAGAGAACGGUUAAAACAACAUUAUGCCAAUUAUGACAAUGCCAUAUUAGAACAACGUAAAAACCGACCACGAUUAAAAUUGGAAGAUUUCAACCUGUUGCGCACCUUAGGAACAGGGUCCUUUGGUCGAGUUCAUUUGGCACAAUCAAAGCACAAUGGAAGAUAUUACGCAAUCAAAGUAUUAAAGAAGGCCGAAGUUGUUCGGUUGAAACAAGUAGAGCAUACCAAUUCAGAAAAAUUUAUUUUAGAAUCAGCAGCCAAUCCAUUCAUGGUGAAUCUGUGGGGUACUUUUCAAGAUGAUAUUAAUCUUUACAUGGUAAUGGAUUACGUGCCAGGCGGUGAAUUAUUCAGCAUUUUGAGAAAGAACCAACGUUUUCCUGAUCAUGUUGCUAAAUUCUAUGCUGCCGAAGUGUUAUUAGCCAUCGAGUAUUUUCAUUCAAAAAAUAUCAUUUACCGUGAUUUGAAACCAGAAAACUUACUGUUGGAUUCUCAGGGUCAUAUUAAAAUCACAGAUUUCGGUUUUGCUAAACAUGUACCUGACAUUACAUGGACCCUGUGUGGCACACCUGAUUAUUUAGCACCAGAAGUCAUUCAAUCCAAAGGAUAUGGUAUGGCAGUGGAUUGGUGGAGUCUAGGUAUUCUAAUAUUUGAAAUGUUGGCUGGCCAUCCACCAUUUUACGAUGAUGACCAUUUGAAAUUAUAUGAAAAGAUCUUGCAGGGCAAAAUCAGAUGGCCAGCCUAUUUCGAUCCCCACGCCAAGGAUUUAUUGAAGCGAUUAUUAACAUCCGACCUUUCACGACGUUAUGGAAAUUUAAAGGGAGGAGCAGAAGAUAUUAAAUCACACAAAUGGUUCAGUGGGGUGGAUUUUGUACGUGUAGCUAAUCGCCAGGUGCGAUCACCCUAUGUACCCACCAUACGAGGAGAAGGAGAUGCCUCGCAUUUUGAUAGAUAUCCUGAAACAAGUGAAAAAUAUGGUGUCAGCGGUCCAGAUCCCUAUCGAGAGAAGUUUCAUGAUUUCUAACA